AUGGUGUCAUCCUCUCUUGGUGCCCAGGUCGAUUCCUUGAAGCGGUCUUUCUGCGGCUUCCGAUUCGGUAAUGGCACACAACACAGGUCGAAAGGAAGCCGAGAUGAAGCACGGUUCGAUGGGGGACAACUUUUAAGGCGCUUUAGAAGCGCAAGAUUCAAUCAUUUCUUAGAAGAGGCUCGCGGCUGCUAUUUCUAGAAUUCACUAUUUCUAAUCCGAACGGACCAGAUCGUCCCGGUGCAAGAUCAUGGUUUUUCCACGACCAGCAUCGUGCCGAGCUACUCUUUCAGUAAAGCACAGCGAUUCGGCGCAGAGAUUGAGCGAGAGCCUUCAUUCUCGUGGCUAUUCGCAGCUCCCGCUAAUUUGGUGAGAUCUAUGUAUUCAUCUCACAUUUACAUGAGGCUUCUCGAGUGCUAGAAAGGAGAAGGAAGACGAGACGCAGUGUGUUCCUGUUGGUGAUGAAUCUUCAACGAGAUAGAUUCUUUUAUUUGCCUAGAAGUAACAAGAAUUCGACCGCAAAGAUGAACAUUCCGUGUCCUGCAAACGACAGAUGAACCCGAGCGACAGCCGGGCCACCGUAUUUGGCACUGCAGCACGUCUCACGAACGAGCUUUCUUCAACUGACGCCAAUCCAGGACCAGCUGCCUACAACUUGUCGCUGAGCAAGGAUCACGGAUGCAGAACGUCACCCGGUGUGACGACUCGCACUAGCAUGAAACGUUCUCUCGCCACUCGGAAAAGGGGCGCCGCUAGUAUUGUAGAGAAGGGCCGCAUUCGCCGUCUGCAGGAAAGGAUAUCAGCGCUGAGCAGCGAUGGAUGGACGCCGCUCGGACCCGGAGUCAGCUUUCGUCGAAACUUAUGACAUGACAAGAAAGAGGGGUAUUCGAAAAGCCUUUCAGAGAAAAAGUUUUUCUGUAGGAUCAUAUGUCUGUACUAGGCCGCAAGAACAGAACCCUUCAUUUUUCUCCUCCAUAAUGUAACGAAUUGGUCUGUGAUUUUUCACGAGGGAUCUCCUUCCCGCUGGCGGAGCGAAUGCCGGUGUGGGUACAAUUUGAUAUUUUUAAUUUUCUUGCACGUCAACAUGGUGAACCGAUUCAGAUUCAUCCGAUAGAGUAAAGGUCAUGAAAGGGUGCCACCUCACAAAUUUUGCUAGACACCGAAUGCGACCUCGGGAGUGGUUUCCGAUGGCUAUUCUGAGCUGUCUCGCCUACUACGAUCCGGCAAAGCCGUGCCACCGAGUGCACCCUUUGGCUCCUGUACAAGGGCACACUAUCGGGGAGUUUUUAUUCCGGAUCGAGCCGGACGAGCAGUCUAUUCGUGUGCGCAGCAGCAGAAAUUGAGUGGUCGAGAUUCCGGAAUGCUGCCGCAUCCGGAGCUACCUCUGCGACAAGAGGUGGUGCGGUUCUCAUGAGUUACAGAUCUACAUGGCAUAUUCACAUCUUCUUGUGAAACACACAGGAUUUCGCAGAGACACUUACAUCCAUAUUGAAGAGCUCGCUUCUGAUAUUUUCUCACACGUCGUGAUCCUUUGCAAGUACCUAGGAGAAACAUAGUGACUGUCGUGCUAGUAGCAUAAGCAAUUCAAGUGAACAAUUGCAAGACGUAUGAUCAUGAUGUCGUAAAAAAUCCGAUUCCUGUUGUCGUUUUGUUGUAUACCAUUGUUGUUGUGCACACCAGAUUGUAUAGGUGUUAAGUUAAUGUCCUGUAAGUUGUGCUUAAACAUGAUUGCAAGUUGCAUGAACUCCUGCUAGUCAGUUAAUCGAUUCAUUUCUGACCUAUUCCGCCCCACACCGAUUUUUUUAGAAAU